AAAGGUGCGCAUGACGGCGAAAAGAUUUGUUAUGAAAAAAGAAACAGACUACCUAUAGCUAAUUAGUCACCUUUAGUGAUGUUUAAAAAUCUCAAAAAGAAACUUGAACAGGGGGUUGCACAAACACCGUUAAAAGGAGCACUAAGUGCUGUGACAAAGAAUGAUUCAAGUGCAACUGAAAGUCCAAAGCAAGAAACAUCAAAACAGAAUGGAAAACAAGGAAGUCCUCAGACUGGUAAAGGUGAUGGACAAGAUUUUGGUAUUCCACAGGCAGAGAGUACACCAAAAAAGUUAGGGGACCAGUCUGCCAGUCCAGCUGUAGGUCAGCUUGUGGAUGUACCACUACAGGAUGAAGGAACCCCUAACAAUACAACUGAUUUUGCAUCAGCCUUAUCCAAUUUACCAGGGGAUGACACACCUAGAGCAUCUAGAUCUAGAGCUUCAUCAAUCAGUUCUGUUACCAGUGACAGUUCUUUCUUCAACAAUUCCACAUUUGGAACUCACCAUUACCAAUUACCAUCAGAUGUGGAGAGUGAAAUAGAUGAAUCUGCAUCUAACUUUGAUUCUUACAGUAAAGAGGAUUUAUAUAUGCUGAUUAAAAGAUUUGAGCGAAGAGCCUACAAAUAUAAGUCUAAGUUUAUGGAGGUAGCUGCUGCCUACAAAGACCUGGCUCAAGAAAGGGAGAAAAUCAAGACCACACUAACAAUGACUCAAGACAAAGCUUUCCGGAGGAUAUCAGAACUUAAAGAACAGAUUAAGUUGGAUAUGAUGGCUAAGAGAGAUCUGGAAGAGAACUAUCGGCUUAUGUUGGAAGAAAAGGAUGAGCACAUCAAAGUGUUUCAGAUGCAGAUUCGCCUACUAAGAGAAGGUAAAGAGAUUCCACCAGAACUGGAGAACAAAGUUACUAAAUCUAAAGUCCAGAGUAAGGAAGUAGGGAAGGGAGACAACUCAGACAUACAAACUGAUGACAUUAAAAUUCUAAAUGAAAAGGUGAAAAGACUAGAGGGAUUAUUAAGCAGGUGUAAAGAUACCAUCAAAACCAACAAAGAAAAAUAUACACAGAUCACAACAGAAAAAGAACAGAUAAACAAACAGCUACAAGAGAAAAACGCAGAAUUAGAGAAAUUAAAGUCAUCUGCGGCACCAGACACUAUGAUUAAACUGCAGAACCAGAUGAAGGAAGCUCGUAAAGUUAUAGAACAACUAGAGGUGGAUAGAGAGGUUGCCAUUGCUGAGGUGAAGAAACAGGUGCAUGAAGAAAUGGAACUCAAGGACCAGGAACUAAGGGAAAUCAGACAGCAGUGUGCCUUACUCCAGGAGGAAAAUAAAACUAAUACAGAUAAAGUGGAUAGACUAGAAAAGUCCAGUCAAGAAACACUAGAGAAAUCCAGGGAGAUAAUUAAGAGGUUAAAAGAUGAAAAGAAGCAGGUUGUAGUUGAAUCAGAAGAAAGAAUAAAACAAGCUGAGAAAACUAUUGAGGAGGAGAAAGAAAACUUGAUACAGGAAUUGUCAAGGGCAAAGGCUGCUGCAGUGACAUGCUUACAGGAAGAAACACAUAAGAAAGUAGAGGGAGAAGUUCAGAAAACAGUAGAGGAGAGAGAUCAGUUCUGGGAGAAACAAAUACAUGACAUGGAGAAACAACAUUCAAGUACCAUUCAAACUCUGACAAAAGAGAAAGAUAUAGCAGUUCGUCAAUUAGAGGAAGAAAUAAAUCACAGAUUAUCAGAAAAAGAUGAAGAAAUGAAGUUAGCAGUCGAGGAACGUGACCUUCAGAAAAUGGCUGCAAUGUCACAGCAGGACACACUAAGAGAACAGUUGCAGGAGGAGGUGAAUUUAUUGACAAGUAAAAGAACAGAACUAGAGAGUGCCUUAUCAGCCUUGAAAGAUCAGAAUGGGGCUACUAUUGUAGAAUUUGAACAAAAACUGAAGGAGCAACAGGAAAAGUUCACAACUGAGUAUGCAAAUAUUCAGUCAAAGCAUAAAGAGGAGGUUGAAAACAUGAAACAUGAAUCUCUACGAGCUGCACAGGAUCAGAUACGUGAAAUAAUGGAACAACAUAACGCUCAGCUGGAAGAUCUUACUAGGAAACAUGAGGAAUCAAUGCAAGGAUCCAGUUCUGAUCUGGAAUCUUAUUAUAAAGAGCAAAUAAAGUCACUGAAGUCCAAUCUAGAACAGAUGUUACAAGAACGUAGUCAGCAGGCAGAACAACUUAGUGCUAACAUACAACAAUUAAAGUCAACCUUAGCAGAGAAAGAGAGCAAUAUUGAACAGAUGAAAACUAAUUUUGAAUCAGAAAAAGAAGAGACCAUGAAAUGCAUUCAAAACAAAUCUGAAGAAAAUGAAAAGUUGCAAAAAGAUCUUGAGAAUUUAAUAAAACAAUUUGAGGUCGCCAAAAUUUCAAGUGAGGAGGAAAGAGAUUUGAUAAAAGGUCAAAUUCAGUCAUUAGAAAGUAAAUGUGAACAGUUAGAAUCAGAAAACAAGAACAUGACUGAGAAACUUGAUGAACAUGUGAAACAGAUUGACACCAUGCGACAAGAAACUGUUGCUUGUGAGAUAGAAUGGAAACGUAAAGUGGAGGAAAUUUUACAAGAUCAUAGCAAUACCAUGUCAGCAAUAUCUGCUUCAUCAGAGGAAAGUAUUAAAACACUGACAUUACAAAUAAACAAAAGUGAUCAAGAAAUAGAGGACUUGACAUCACAACUUGUUGAUGCUAAUUCAAGAGUUAUAGAACUUGAUUCUAAAGCAAUGAGGUUACAGGAAGUAGAUGGCAUUUUGACAAAGGUUGAAUGUGAGAAACAGGCAUUGGAAGAAAAAAUUAGGUCAUUUGAAACAUCUUUGAAUGAUAGUAUGAAGGUCAAUGAAGAUUUAAAUGUUAAGGUCAAUGAGACAAAAGAAUUAUUUAACUCAAAUCAAGAACAUUUGAAAAAGGAGAAGUCAAGCUUAGAAGAUAAGAUAUCAGCUUUAUCACAUGACCUUGAAAUGAAAGAUGUGAUUAUAUGUGACAUUGAAAAAGCCUUAGCAGAAAAAAGUGAAGAAUUAAAGUCCAGUCAGAAUGUACUCACAGGUAAUGAUUCACAAAUCCAGACUUUUGAAGUACAAAUAAAAGAAAAAGAGGAAGAACUUAGUAAGAUGAAAGAAAAAUUUGACAGAUUACGUAAUGAAGCCAAAACAAGAUUGAAAGAAUUUAAGGAAAACUUGGAUCAAGCUAAUCUUAAACUUCAAACUGAGAGUGAAGAAAAAGAAAAAAUGAAACAAGAUUAUGAGAAAGAGAAAAAUCUAAGUACAGACAAGUUUAAUGUCAGAAUAAAAAAACUAGAGGAUAAAAUUAGUGAAGGAGAUACAAAUUUGAAAAACAUGGAGGAGGGAUUUAAAGUGAGGUUUGAGGAAUUACAAAGUCAGUAUAAAGAUAAUAUGAAUAAAAUUAAGGAGCGUUAUCAAGAAAAGAUGGCAGAAAAGGAACAGGAACAUGAAAAGGCCAUCACAGAGUUACUAACUAAGAAAGAUAUGGGCACACAGGAUGUGAUGAAGACAAUGAAUGAACAAAAAGAGCGACAAUUUAGUGACCUUUCAGAACAACAUAAAACAGAGAUCACUUCUCUGACUCAGGAGUGGGAGGAAAAACUGAAUAAGGUUCAUAAUGAACUGCAGAAAAAUACAGAGGAUAAAGAAAAUGAAAUCAAGAUUAUCAAAGAUGAAAUGGAACAAAAAGUAAAUGAAAUGAGUAAUGCUAAACUUACUUUGGAAAAUGAAAGGGAGAACAUGUGCAAAAAAUACAAUGAAGAACUUCAAAAUAGAGAUCAGGCAAAUGCAGAAUAUGUAGAGAAAUGUAAAAUAUUAGAGGCUAAAAUUGAAGAAUUAAAUACUGCUUUGUUUACAGUGUCAGAAAAACAUGAUCAUGAAAAGCAGGAAAAAGAUCAUAUUAUUUCUCAGUCAUCAGAGAAAAUUAGUCAAUUAGAAGAGGCUAAUAGAUCAAUGGAAGAAAUGUUACAUGCAUUGAAUGAUCAAACCCAAAAUAAAGAUGAUAGAAUUAAAUCCUUGGAAGAGGAAUUAGACAAUAGCGGUCAGAAGGUGAAAUCAGAGUGUGAGUCAAAAGUAAAGGAGAUUGAGUCAGAGCUUAUUCAAAAGGAUGCUAUGGCUAAAGAGUUAGAAACACAGUGUAAUGGUUUUCAGGUACAAAUAGAUAACUUAAAUUCAACAUUAAAUGAAAAAGACAAAAGGUUAAAAGAUCUGGAGUCAAAGUGUGAGGAAAUGAAAUCUGAAUGUGAAAAUUUAAAGGAGGCUAAAGAGAAAGAAUUACAAGUUAUAAAGGAAGAGUAUGAGAAACGAUUGGCUGAAAUGUCGGCCAAUGAUGUUGAACUACAGUCAAAUUUGACCCAGUUAAAUACCAAGGUCAAUGAGGCAGAAUCCAAGUUAGUUGAUUGUAUCCAGAAUUAUGAAGUUCAAAUCGAAGAAUUAAAUUCUAAACUACAGAGAGAAACUGAAAGUUUUGAGGAACAAAAAGACAUGCUGAAAAAACAAUUAGAAGACAUGGAUAAACAGGCAAAGAUGACUUCUGAAGACCUGGAGAAUUCUCUCCAGUCAAAAGUACGGGAAGGUGAACAGAAAUUACUAGAGCAGACAGAAGUUCAUAAAGCAGAGAUUGUUGCUCUUGAUGAACAGUGGAAAACUAGGAACAAUGAAUUGAAACAGAAAGUCAAAAUAAAAAUUCAGGACCUUCAAAAUCAAGCAAAAGCUGAAAAGGAAGAAUUUAAUGUUAUAUUAGCUUCAGAGCAGGAAAGAUUUAACACUGAAAACUCAGAUUCAAAAUCUAAAGUGACUAUAUUGGAAGAAAGACUCGCUUCUGAAAUUGUAUCUGUUCAAGCAAUUAGUGACCGUGAAGAAAAAGCUAAAAUCAGAAUUAGUGACUUAGAAAAAAAAUUAAGUGCUGAACAAGAGGAAAAAGACUCAAUUUCUGCUGAACUUGUACAUUCCAAUACCAAGCUUUUACAAUUAGAAGAAAAUUCAGGAUCUUCUCAAAUGGCCAUUGUUGAUUUAGAAAAACAAUUACGUGAACAAGGGGAAACAAUUACAGAGAAGGAAAAUACAAUACUAAAAUUAACAAGCGAUUUUAAUGAAAAAGAGACAAGAUUACAGGAGGUUAAAGCUAAUUGCCAGGCCAUUGAACUUAAAUUGAAUGAAAUUUCUGAUAAUUGUCAGAAAUCUGUGGGAGAUAGCCACCUAAAGAUAACAAAUUUAGAAAAGGAAGUGUCUGAAAGAGAAAAACAAUGUAGUGAACUUCAGAAAUUGUUGUGUGAAGAAGAACAAAAUGUGCAUUCUUUGGAAAAUGAAGUUAAAAAUAUGCAAGAAAAAUUGGAGUCUUCAGUUGGACAAAUAAAGGAUUAUGAAAACAUUAAAGAGCAGUUAGACAAUUCUAAUAUUAAAGUGAAAAACUUAGAAAGUGAAUUGAACAAAGCUCUAUCAGAAAAAACUGAAGCAGAAACAUCAUAUCAAGAAAACUUGUCAGCAUUUACUCAAAGCUUCAGUAGGGAUAAAUCUUUAGAACUUGAAACUAUGGAAGCCAAGUAUAAAGCUGAAAUUAAUGAAUUGAAUGAAAAGUUGUCACUAGAAACAAUCUUGAAAGGGAAAUUUGAAAGUGAAUUAUGUGAGUUAAAACAAAAGUAUUCAGUAGAAAUUGAGGAAUUAACACAGAAAUGUGACAUGGAUAGUACUUCUAAAGUGUCAGAGUAUAAGAAAAAAGCUGAAAGUUACAUUUCACAAGUAAAAAAACAGAUGCAAAUAGAAAAAGAAUCUUUACUCACUCAACAUUCCAAACAAAUAUCAGACAUUGAGGAAAAGUGUCAGAAAUUACAGUUUCAGUCAGAGGAAGUAUCAUCAGAGAGAGAUAAACUAUUAAAACAGCACGAAAGUGAAAAGUCACAUCUACAACAGAUGUUAGACUCGGAACAAAAAUCUAAAGACAUACUAGUUACGGAACAAGAACAAAAAUCUGAAUCAAAUUCACAAGAAAUGAAAAACCUACAGCAAAAGGUAGAGGAACUGUCACAUGAUAAAGAGGAACUAAACAAACAGAUUCUAGAACUGGAAUCCAAACUGGCUAAAUUGUCCGAAUCAUAUCAGUCUGAUUUAAAACAAUUAAAAUCGGAAAAAAAUAAAAUAGAAAAAGAACUCAGUGAUUUUAAGCGAGACAAAGAAGAAAAUAGUGAAUCAUUAGUUAAGGAACAGGAAGAGGAAUUGGAGAAAAUGAAGAAACAUUACGAGGAGUUGUUACAGGAUACAGAGAAUGAUCAUAAUGGCAAGAUCAAAGAACUGGUCAAGGAGUUCAACAAGACAAUGGUAGGCAAAGAGAAAGAAUUUGAGAAAACAUUCUCUCAUGCUUUAGAUAAAUCUCAAAGAGGAGAAGACCGCCUAUUCCAAGACCAUAACCAGACAGUUACAGACCUACACAAAGAAUUACAGGAGAAAGAUGAGGCUUAUGAUAAAAUGAAUGAAGAAUGGGAGGGAAGAUUAAUGGACAAAGACUUGGAAAUAUUAUCCCAAGUAUCAGAAUUAAAACAAGAGAUUACAAGCUUAAAGCAGCAGCAUCAGGUUGAGAUAUGGGAAUUACAAGAGAAAUUAAAAAAGUCACAUGGAGAAUCCAUCAUUCAGAAAGAAGUAAUGCAAAAACAGGAAGUCAGUGCUCUUACACAGGAAUGGAAUAAGGAGAGACAGUAUGAUGUUGUACAGCGAGCUACUGAUUCCUCCAUAAUAGAACCACAGGAAUUACUUCAUCACAACCAGUUAGCUAUUAGUGCUCUUCAGCCAGGUUCAACUAACAUUCCCCAAUUACAGCAACAUGUUGUCUUACUCACCAGGAGACUGGAUGAAAUAAAGGAACAACAUAGAUUAGAGAUAGCAGAAUUACAAGGUAGAAGUGAAAUGAAUUCUUUACAGCCGCCACUCAUUGACACACCCUUCAGGAAGAAACGAGUUCAUUUUGAAGAUCAGACAGAACAAGCUCAGAACAUGGAACUGAUGAAUAUAGAUUUGGAGGCAAAACUACAACAAGUAAAAACAGAACUUGCUCAAACCAAAAUCAGAGAGAAUGAACUGAAUAAUAAGUUACAUCAUUAUGAAGGAAGACAUGGUGAUAUUGAUUCACCACCUCUUAGUCCUGGUUACCAUGCCACUGGUCCCCUGUUGCAGGAACCAACUCAGUGUGAGUAUCUAAAGAACAUACUAUACCAGUAUAUGAUGGGAAGAGAGACCAAGACGCUUUCUAGAGUAAUAGGAACUGUAGUACAUUUUAAUGAUGAACAAAUGAGGAAAGUGGUUGCAAGAGAGGAUGCUAAAACUAAUGUCUGAUCCAGGAUAUUUCUCGGGCUUGGCUGAGCACACCUUCCUAAAGAAAAAGUUGUUAUGUAUAACUUGUUUGUGAAACCAAAGAAACCAAGUAGAAAUCCAGUACAUAUCUAAACAGUACCAAGUUAUAAACCAAUCAGGUGCCCUGAAUAUUCUCGUAGAAUAGUUGGAAUAUUUGUAAUUUUAGCAUCAUUCAGAUACUGGAUAUGCCUGUAUUGUUACAUUAUUGUGCUGUUAUUAUUUGUUUACUAUUUAUUUUGUUAAGAAUUAAAAUUGUAUCGGUUUGUUUCUGUAAAUUCAGUACAAAAGAUAACUUGCUUAAAGAUUUUGCUUGUAUUUUUGAAACAUCUGAACAAAGGCUGUGAGAAAAUCUUGAGUAAAAGCUGUGAUAAAAUGUUCUUAUUAUAUCAAUACUAAAUGAUGUCACAUAGGAGAUCUGUCAGAUUUUAGCAAACAAAGGCUAAUGUUAGAAUAAACAAAGACACAAGAUUCGAGCUAUAUUUUGUUUUGCCAAUUAAUUAUGUAAUCACACAAUCAAAUUUCUUAUGAAAUAUAUCUUCAAUUGAGAGUUAAUAUCUCAGCAGAUGUGAGUCAGUUGGUAUUUUUCUUUGCAAGAAUUGGUUUAUUGAAUCACAUUUUUUUCAUCAUCUCAUUCUGCAAUUGGAUUAGUUUUGAAAAACAUUUAUUAUCUUGCUUUAUCCGAUCAGAUUGCUUUGGUAUUUCACUUGUCUGUGAUAAUAUUUACUAAGUAUGGAAGAUAAAAAGAUAAAACCAUUAGUUUGUCUUACAAAGGGAGCUAAUCCACUGAAGCCUGAGUGAAUACUGAAAUGUUUGUCAGUUGUGUUCUGAAAUUUACUGGUGCUGUUCUACAUAUUGCCUAGAGUAAUACAAAAUAUAUGUAAAUAUCUCUUAAUUGUUAUUUAUGAAAUUGAUGGUUAAUAUGUAUUUUCAGAUGAAUGAAUCAUAUGUCUAGGUUUUGGGACCAAUUGGCUGUUACACAAGGUUUAAUAUUUCAUUGUCAAAGGUUGUGUUAGUAAAUUGAAAAAAAAUAUGUAUAGAAGCUUUUGAAGCUUCAAUAUCCGUCAAAUACAUGUAUAAUUUAAAGGAAAUAAGAAAAUUAAGUGACAAAAGUACAAGUAUGAAAAAUGAUUUAUUAAAGAAAUUUUAACUUUCAUUGUAAAAUUGAUAAAUACUUACAUGUCUAUAGGUAUUGAUAUUGAACAUAAUAGCAAUGAAGAAAUUCUUCUGUCCAUUUUGCAUGUAGAAUCAGUAGUGACUAUCACCAGUGACAUUUCAGUUAAUAUAUUAGAGUUGUAUGUAAAUAAUAGAAGUAAUAUAAUGUUGUGUAAUGUCAAGUAUAAUUCCUUUGUUUGAUGUGAUGAUCGUCUUCGUUUAAUUGUGUAAUCUUAUGUCAAAAGAAAAGCAUUAGUUAUCCAACACUUCAUACUUGUAAAUUUCAUUAUUAUAUGUAUCCCUAAGUUAAAAUCUGAGGUUGUUAUUUCAUCAGAAUGAAAUGGGUAAAAUUUGAUUUUUAGCAUUUAAGUUGGAUAAUUGUUUAUAGUAAAGACAUUUUUUCUGUCAUGUUUGAAAAGUUCAGAUGACAUAUAGUUUUAUGUUUGUGUGUCUGUGCUGCUACUGGUAAUAGUUAUGCAGUUUUAUGUGAUAGCAAUACUUUGAUUCAUGAUUGGAUACUUCAAGAUGUGAGUUAUUUAGAUUUAUAACUGAUUAAUUACAUGAUAUUUGUAUGAUAUUUAUGUCAAGAUGGAUUAAAUGCACUUCAGUUGUCGGUAUAGUUCUACAUUAUAAUUGAUUUAACUUUAAGUUUUUACUCAAAGAAAGCAUCCACAAUAACUUAUACUCUAUGUAAAAUGCUGGCUUUGGCUUAAAUUCAUGGUUCACCGGUGAUAUAUAUUAUUAUUCUGCAUAAUGCAUAAUGCUAUUGCCAGCCUUAGUCACUCCAUUUAAACAUGGUAGAGAACUGUGUCAAGUGAACACAGACAUUUUGUUUAAGUUUUUUUUUUUUUUUUCAUUUGAUCCUUAAAAUGUUGCACUAAAGGGGGAUACAUGUAUACCACAAUAAACACAAUACGUGGGUGGUAGCUUUUAAGUUGCUGACUAUCUGUUUAGUUUGUAUCUUUUGUUAUCAAUCAAAUUACUUUGAAUAUAUUUAAAACAUUUUUAAACUGUCAUUGACUUUUCCAUAAAUCAGCUGUACAAUACUUCACUAUGCCAUACCUCUGGUACAGGAGACAGUUUCACAAAAAAAACUUCCGGCUUAGAUUUGUCGUAUAUAUACUGAAUAGGGCUCUUCACAGUUAGUUCGGCCAUAUUGGAUAGGGGGCAGAUUUUCAGGAAAGAGGUGGAAAUAGUAUGAAAGUGUGGGAAAUCCUAUGCAUGUUUCUAAGCAACUGCUCUGUAUAAAUGAUGUUUUCCCGUAUUUUCCACACUACUUUUACCUCCAUUAUGAAAAUCUGCCCCCUAUCCAAUAUGGCCGAACUAACUGUGGUGAGCCCCAUUGUUCAUGACUUAGGAUCUAUCUUAAACAUAAUUUUUUGUGAAACUGACUCUUGGUUUCUUAUAAAUGAUUCUUUGGUAAGCAUUUUUCACAUGAUUCAAAACUUGUUGCAGGUCUCUUAUUAAUUAGGAACUAAAAAAUAUAUAGAAGAUUAAAGUCUAUUCAGAUAUUUUAAAACUAAUCAAUUCUGGAAGAUUUUUUUAUAUAGUUUUGCAACAUUUAACUGUAACAUAAGGAAGAUAAUAGAUAAAUGAAGUCAAUUAGUUUAUGACCUUGUUAAUAAUUUAUUUCCUGAAAUAUUGGGGUUUGUGCAAUUAUAUUACUUCCUUGUUAGAUGAUUGAUUUGUUAUGAAUAUGUUAUUCUGUUAUUUUAUGGUUAUUUUUGUCACAUCAUAAUAAGGUUUCAAAAAUUUUCACAUUAGAGUAAAAUUAACUAGGACAAGGAGAGUAUAAGUGCCUAGAGAUAUUUCAACUCUUUUCUAUUUAUAAAUGACAAUUUAUAAGUAAAAGAGACAGUUGACCUCAAAAACAGUUCUUGGAAAUGUGCUUUAUUCAGCAAACGGUAAAAACAAAUCAAAAAUAUGUCACAAUCUUAAUAAAUUGCUAGGGAAAUAGGCAUUGCAUAUCCAGUAUAUGUAAAAGCUUAGACAUUUUUGUAUCAGAUUUUGUUUUAUAGAAAAGCUGUUACAUAAGAUAUCUAUAAAACAGGUGCAUAACAAAUGAAAAAUUAAAAGCUAUGAUACAGAUAGCUAUACCUGUGAUGUAGUCUGAUAUUGUACUUAUAAUUUAUAGUUAUUUAAUUUGUUUGAAAGUAUUCUUGUAAUUUACAUUUACUUUCACAAGAAGUGCAUCAAAACUAAGAAGAUAAAAAGUUUGUUUACAAUUCUUUAGAUUUUCCUUGUCCUUGUUUUCCAGUUCAAAAUAUAAUAUGUACCAUUUUGGAAUUUGAAAAGAUAAAGAUAUCCUGUAAAGAAAAUCAAAAUGUAAGUUUUAUGCACAAAAUUUUAUGCACAAAUUAUAAUGUAAAGCUUUAGAUGUAUUUCUUAAGUUUUUCAUCACAAAUUAAGGAGUUAACUUAAGGAAAAUCUCUUACAAAUUGCAUCAGAAUAACAAAUAGAAAUGCUUUGUGACAUGGAAAAUUUUGCAAAGCAUUUUGAUCUGGGUUUUUUAAAGAUUGCCUUUUUUCAUUUUUUUCAUAAUUAUUAUAGUUUUUUCCAUUUCCUUAUAUUAAAAAUUGUUUUGAUGCACACUUUUAGUUCAGUUUUCAACUGAAUAGAAUUAAUUAAUUUGCUAUAUGCAAGGAGGUACAUUUUAAAGUCAUCUGCAGUGAGUGGCAUUUUUGUUUUUAGUUACUGCACUUUCAACAGUCAAACAGAAAAGGAAGCAAAACUAAUUUCAAUUGAAACUAUUUAUGUGAUGUGAAUAUGCAUAAUCAGUAAAGAUCUCAAGGACUAGCAUUUAAAAAGACAACAUCUACCCAGGCAUUUUGGCAUGUCAUUUUUGUGUGUUGUAAGGAUAUGAUACUCGGUCAAUAUACUCCAAGCAGUAUAAUACUGCGAGCUAUUAUUCAAUUUAAACAAUGCCCUUUUCAUAUUUGUUUUGUUUACAACAGUAACCAGUCAUGAAUAAACCAAACCAUUAGAACAUACCAUUCUCAUUUUUUUUUAAUGAAACAUGAUUUAAGGAGAAGGUAUGAUAGAGCUGUAUUUGC